ACCAGAGUUUUCUUCAUUCGCUUUUCUCAAUUCGUUGAAUUUGCUCAAUCCAUUUCCCCCAAUUUUUACACUAGCAUUUGUUAGGGUUUCACCAAAUCACAUCGCCUCCCAAAAAUAAGAAAAGAUCAAGAUGCAGCCCCAAUCCGGCACCACCUCUUCACCUCGUUACAACCAAUACUAUUCGCCCACCGAUCUUCCGCCCUUCAAUCCCGAUCCCGCCGCCGCGUAUGCCUCCGCGCCUCCUGUCAUGACCUCGCCGCCCGAUUACUCUUACCCCUCCAAUUAUACUCCUAAUCCUCCGCAAUAUUCCUUCCCUCACCUCCAUGACGCCUCGCAAAAUCAUCAAUUGUAUAAUCAGAAUCAGCCUCCUGUGAAUUAUGAUUACCACCAACAAAACCAUUAUCCGUACGAUCCAUCGCCGUAUUCGUAUGGCUCUUCUGAUGUUCCGUAUCAUGCGAAUUCGUAUGAGGGCAACAUGAAUUAUGGCGGGGAUCAGAGGAGUUAUGAUGAUGGAGUUUACAAGUAUAAUGGGGGGCCGGUGGAGGCUCCUUAUGGUGGGAAAGGAGGACGAUCAUCGGACACCGCCGGAGGCGAGGGUGCGGUCUUGUUUGAUGAUUAUGGGAGGCCGAUUACUGUUCCUGGAGGUAAAGUACAGAAUGAGUUUGGGAGUUCUUCGCCGAGGAUUGUGAAGGCGGUGCCGAAGAUGGAGGAUUCCGAGGAUGUUAAGAGUGGCGUUCAGAAGUUCCGCGUGAAGCUACUGUCGGAAGGUUAUGGUCAGACUGAUAUGGAUGUUCUUUGUCAGGUUGGGCUUGAUGGAAUACGAUUCUUGGAUCCAGCAACCAGUCGGAUGCUGAAAAUAUACCCACUUGACAUGGUUACUAGAUGUGAUGUGUUGGAUUCACAUAUCUUUGCAUUUUGGGCCAAAUCCAGUGUUGAGCCUGAACCAAGACGGAUUAGGCUCAAGUCAAAUAGCUAUACCACAAAUAAUAUCCUGGAUAUAGUGACAGCAGCAAGCAUACAGUCCAAGGAGAUAGGUUCAAGCAGUACUCCAUCAGAUGUAGUUAAGGAUACUGACCAAUCAUCAGAAAAGAAGAAAGGAUUUAUUGAUUGGAGGAACUUGAUAAAGCCAAUGAACGAGGAGAAGGAUCACUGGGUCCCAGAUGAAGCAGUAGUCAAGUGCACAGCUUGCGCAGCAGAUUUUAAUGCUUUUAAUCGGAAGCAUCACUGCCGAAACUGUGGGGAUAUUUUCUGUGACAAGUGCACACAAGGGAGAAUUGCACUCACUGCAGAUGAGAAUGCUCAACCAGUUCGAGUUUGUGAUCGAUGCAUGGCAGAGGUGACUCAAAGACUCAGCAAUAAGGUAGCACCUGGUAGAGCUGCUGGGCUGCAGAGCCAUGAAGACCUUGCUAGAAAACUUCAGGAGGAGAUGGAGAAGAACCGCAAAACAGGAGCAAAAUCUGAAGCCUCUAGCAGGAGAAUGAGAGAAGUUGAAUGCCCAACGUGCACAGUCCACUUACAGGUUCAGGUUCCAGCAUCUGGUUCUGAAACCAUAGAAUGCAGUGUUUGCCAGCACCCGUUCCUUGUCAGCGCCCAUUGAUAUGAAACAUUAGACGACGCUGCUGCUGCUGAAGAAGCCUACUACUAUACUAAUCAUAGAUGAGAUAAUAUUUUGUUUGUGAACAUGUGUACAGAAGAAUGGCUUGAAUUAUGCAAUCAGUGAAACAUUGUUGUAAAUGAUAAUAUUUCCUAGCUCCUGAUUUGUAAAAAGCACGAGGUGCUCUGCUUUAUUGUUUGGGAUGAAUUAUUGCCAUUGAAUCUUUGGAAAGCAUAUCAUUUACAACUGAAA